AUGUCUCAAUUGCCGCAAGGCUCUCAUUCACCAUUCCUCUCCGAGGUUCAUCAUCUACAAGCGUUGACUGCAAGUGAAAUGCAAUGCUUGAUUGACUAUGCCUCCUCCCGAAUCCGUGCAGCGGGGAUGGUUUGGAACCGUCACGGCGACUCGUUCUCUCCGACUGAACGCAAACACUUUGCAGCUCAGUUAUACCGUGACCUGGAAACUGGCAUGCUGCUGUAUUCGAGUGGUUGUUUCCGAUUUCCAGGGAUCAUCCAGCGUCCCAUAGCGCUGGGAAUGAUGUUCAAAUCGACACUCACUGGGAUGCUUCACCUGGGACGACACGCCUCCACUGCAGACUACGAAACCCCCAAACCCAUCCCCGACCCCGUCCUUCCCGUGUACGCAAAUGCCUGGUGGAACAGAAGUAUGACGUCUGGGCUUUCACUCUUGGGCCUGAUCAAGGCUUGGCAGGCCCAGCGGGACGACUUUGAGGCUGCCAGGAGAGAGACCAGGCCCUUGGCUUCCUCCGAAACCGUCCUUUUCAAGUCGUUGGACGAGAGUCUCGAAAGAGCGUCUUCAUCCACUCAGAAGGCAAUCGACCUCAUAGAAAGGGACAUGGCAUUGGCGCUCAAAGAUGUCCGCGCCAUAGAGGCCGCUAUCACAGAGACCGAGAAGGUGUGCCAAGAGGUUCUCGGCACGUCUUGA